AUGGCACGAAUCACCGUUGUCGGCGCCGGAAUUACCGGACUUGCCAUAGCGGCACAGCUCUCUCGCAACCACGAGAUCACCGUGGUCGCCAAAAACCUCCCGGGAGAUAACCCGACAACUGAAUGGGCAAGCCCGUGGGCCGGUGCUAAUUUUGUGGCAGGGUACUGUUCUUCGCCUUGUGACAGGAAAAGGCAGCGUGAUACCUUCAGUGAGUGGUGGAGAUUGGCCAGCAGAUUUCCAGAGUCUAGCGUCAAAAGGAUUACGAUGGAGGAGUUCUUUAACGGAGAGCGGACGGGGGACGAUUUAUGGUUCAGGGAGUUUGUGCCCGAUUUCCGCUUCCUCGCAAACGACGAGCUUCCAGAAGGGACCGAUGGGGGAUAUUCCUAUACAACGAUCGUUCUCAACCCAAACAUCUUCCUCCCUUGGAUGAGACGCAACCUUGAGGACUCAGGGGUCAAAUUCGUGAGGCUCGACCUCAGCUCGCUUUCGGAUGCGCGGCAUCUCGGGCACGACGUUCUUGUAAAUGCGACUGGACUGGGGCCCAGGGAUCUGGGGGAUGUUCAGGACAAGAACAUGCUGUUUCUGAAGGGACAGAUCAUGGUAGUCAAGAGUGACUACAAGAAAACCAUGAUGCGCGACGAUGGGAAGACUUACACAUAUGUCAUCCCGCGAUUGGAUGGAACGGUGAUUUUGGGCGGCAUUCGAGAUCCAGAUAUCAGCAAUACGAAGGUCGAUCUUGAGGUUGACAAAGAUAUUGCGAAAAGGGUAAACAAAACCCUGCCGGAACACUUUUCUGCCGAUCCAGCAGACUACGAAAUUGUCGGGCACAAUGUGGGCAUCCGGCCGUACAGAUCGACGGGAAUGCGCAUCGAGAAGGAGGUCAAGGAAGGCCAGAACAUUGUGCAUGCUUACGGGAUCACAGGAGGAGGGUAUAUCUUCGGGUUCGGGGUGGCACGAGAGGCGGCCGGGCUUGUCGAUGAGUUCCUGUUCCCAGCCGGCAAAGCACGUCUGUGA